AUGGACGAGGAGGAGGAUAGCGGCGGUGAGCGGCAGCGUGCCGCACAACGAGCAGCGUCUGGUGAUGGUAGCAGUACCGGCGGCGCAUCGCGUCAUCCAAGCCUGUUCGGUACGAGCUCUCAGGAGCGUUUUGCCGAAGCUCCGGUUUUGCCGGAAGAAAUUAUCGCCGAAAUGGCCGGGUCGUCGACGCAGCACGAUGCCACAUUGGAAAUAGCUGAACUGAAAAAGGAAAAUGCCCUGCUUGAACAGAGACUAUUUCUGAAGAGCGAAGAGUUGGAUUCGGUGUGCCAGCGAUUUUCGAUGGUUGCCGAAAUAAAAGAUGCUCUUGAGAGGGAAAAUGAGGCGCUUUUACGCGAAAGAGAGGAGCGAAUGGCAAUCAUGCUUGAGCACGAGAUGGAGCGUGAUAAAAUGGUGCUUGCAAAGAGCGAGGAGUUGGAUUCGGUGUGCCAGAGAUUUUCGAUGAUUGCCGAAAUAAAAGAUGCUCUGGAGAGGGAAAAUGAGGCGCUUUUGCGCGAACGAGAGGAGCGAAUGGCAAUCAUGCUUGAACACGAGAUGGAGCGUGAUAAAAUGGUGCUUGCAAAGAAUGAAUGCCAGCAAAAGGCUGAUAUGCUGCUCCGUCGAAAUGAAGACUAUGAAGCGAAUAUAAACACACUCAUGUAUAACAUAUCAUUUCUUUCAAGUCAGUCUUUUACCACUAAAUCUUUUUUGGCUGCAUUGUCUCAUCUUCCGUGUUUUUUUUUUUGUUAA